CACAGUAGAUGCAACGACUUCAGUGGCAGCACCCCGCCAUUAGCGCCGAAUUGCAAUUCUAGAAACCCAGGCUAUAUUCCACAUAGCGUCUGCUUUGAGUCCCUGGCUUUUGGCCUUUCACUCUCAAGAAUGCCGUCCCCAAUUAGUUGGUUUCGCGCCCUGACGCCGAAAGCACAAGGCCUCAUCGGCAUGGGCUUGCUAUCAUGGGGGGCAAUCGGGCUAUACGCUUCGGAUGCUGCAGAAGAAAAGCUCGGCUUUAAGCCGUCAGAAGAAGAAAAGGCGGCAUUACGAGCCGCAACACCGAGAAUCUCCGUCGUUGAUCGCGAAUAAGCCUACCCUAUUCUCCGACAAAUGCGAUAUUCAAAUGGACCCCAGAUAAUGGAAGGCGUUCAGGGGUUACAGGACCCAUAUUCAGGAUCUGCGGACAUGGCGCGGCGUUCUUUGGACGCGGCCGCAUGAAGCUAUCCAGAGUGCAAAGCGGGGAUAGAACGAACAGACAUGUAUACCAAUACGAUAUACCACUACAGGUGCCUAAAUAGAAAAAAAAGAGUUACGGUGGGUUAUGGGUGGGGGUUGAGGUGGCGAUUCAAGAUUUACAACGGCGUACAUGGCGGGGCAUCUUUUGCAUUUCAGAUCACCAAGGGAUUGUAGGAUUAGAUGGACACUUCAUAUAAUUAAUCGUUGGAAGAGCUCUUCAUUCAUAAUGCCGUAGUCUUUAUCUCUAUCGAAACACACGUCAAGUAAAUGCAAAUUAAGACCCUUUAAGUAGCCUUCUUG